AUGAAGCAGAAGCAGCAGCUGCUGCUGAUGCAGUUGAUACCAUGGCCCCUACCUCAGCAGCAGGAGAAGCAGCAGACGCAGCAGCAGAAGAAGCAGCAGAAGCAGCAGCAGACGCAGCAACAAGCGCAGCAGCAAACGCAGCAGACGCAGCAGCAGAUGCAGAAGCAGGGGCAGCAGCAGAAGCAGCAGCUUCUGGCGCAGAAACUAUUGCAGCAGCAGGAGCUGCAGCAGCAGGCACUGCAGCAGCAGGCGCUGCAGCAGCAGACGCUGCAGCAGCAGCAGUUACAGGGGAAACAGCAGCAGACCCAGCAGCAGAGCCAGCAGCAAACGCAGCAGCAGAGCCAACGGCGCAGGCAGCAGCAGAUGCAGCAGCAGAUGCAGCAGCAGAAGCAGCAGCAGAAGCAGCAGCAGACGCAGCAGCAAAUGCAGCAAUAUAUGCAGGGGAUGCAGCAGCAGACACUGCAGAAGAGACAGCAGCAGUAG